AUGCGGCCCUUGGUGUUUACCAUUCUACAGGAGUCUGAGGAAUUCUCCAAGAUGAUCGACACCAAGAAAGAGGAUAUGGUGGUGUCCUUCAUGGAGCAAUGCAGAGAGGGUGUGCGAGACGCGGGCCGACAGUCCAGCGACACAGCUCCUCUGGAGCUCCGAAUGCGAGAGAUCGAGGAGACUUCUGUUCGAGUCUUUGAGACCUUGGCGAAGCGUGCGGAGUUGUUAGUGGACUCUCUCACUAAAUCGCCUGCAGAGUUUUGGAAGGUGUGGACAACGUUCUAUCCAGCCCUGGUGGACUUUUCCGAGUCCAGCCCCAUCUUCGAGAGCGCCCUCUUCUUUUUCAAGAGGUUGGGUGAGCUGAUGAGGGAGGCUGACCCGCAAUUGACGCAACAGCUGAUGAACGACGUGGCAUUGUCGUCACUGGCCAAGGAGUUGAUUCGCUCUCCUGAGAAGCGUGAGGUGCUCUGCGAAGUCCUCUACAGCUACAGUCCGGAGGAUACGUUGAAUCAUGUCCUUGCCCUACGAUCUCUAAAAGAAAAGGUCGGAGAUGACAUGUCUGUGUAUGUCUCUUGUCUGGCGGGUUUGGUACAGCUGGAUGGGCAGCAGAAAUUGCUAGAUGACCACCUCUUAGAUCUGUACAUCUACUAUGCUCUAAUCGCCAUGCAGAGCGCCCAGCCAAGGACGCGUGUCGCGGGCCUCUCGAUCCUCUGCAGCGUGACGCAGUUUUCCUCGCACGACGCGGUUCUGGCCUUGUUGCCCACCUUUUCGGCUUUGUCCAACGACGAUUGGUGGGAGGUGCAGGCGCAGCUGCUGCGACUCUCUGCGCUGCUGCUGCAGCACCUGGCCUCCCAGCGGGGUGCGGAUGGUGCGGAGGGCCGAGGGAACGAAGAUGGUAGUGCCAGUGGUGCUAGCAAACCGGAGGAGGCUGAGGUGACGGUAGACACCAUGAUUGAAGAUGUGCUGAACAUCGUAGGGCGACUCUUCGUAGUCUCCAACUCCAAAAACGUCUUGCAGGUGGGUCUCAGCGGCCUGGUCCAUGUGUUGACGGAGUACCCGACCCUGCUGCCCAACUAUGUGGCAGUCUUGCUGGGACAAACUUCUACCCUCCGCCGAAGACUUUUGGACGAGGGUGGAGAGAGGCAGAGACGGAGUUAUGUCCAUGGCAACUCCACCAACAUGUACGAGGAGACCUGUUUGCCAGAUGUGUGGCCCCACCUGGACAUUGCGAAGACCUUGGCCAUGCAGCUUGAGGCCAUGCAAUUGCCCAGGAUCGAAGAGGAACACCUGGAGGUGCUGUCGGCCAGCCUGCCAUUCUUCUUUGAAGAUGAGGAGGCAGAUGAGUGGCUCCACGUCUUCGAAAAGGCGGUCUCGGGUGGCCAUGCCAAUGGAGCUACAGCUACCGAUUCCAUGCUGACUACCAAACCAGAAAUAUCAGAAAUAGAAACGAAAGAUCGAAGAUAA